CCAAGCACAUUCUAGUUUCAGCAUCUCUAGCUUUUUCUUCGAACAUCAACUUUUAGCCAUGUUGAGUCCCAAGAGGCUUGUUGAGAAGGCAAAGAAGGGGCUGCCCUUGAUGAUAUCAAAUAGUAGGUCGAGUUCUUGCGAUUUCAACAACGUAGUGGUUGCUGACAAAGGCCAUUUUGUGGUAUACAGUAUGGAUGAUGCAAGAUUCGUGGUGCCGUUGUCAUUCCUCAAGAGCUGUAUCUUUCAGGAGCUCCUCAAGGUUUCAGCGGAGGAGUUCGGAUUACCCGGAGAGGGGCCAAUCACCUUGGCCUGCAGUGGAGUUUUCAUGGAGUAUGUAAUCUCCUUGCUCAAGAGAAGCGUGUCUAGAGAUGUGGAGAUGCUUUGCUUGCCUCCAUCGAUAAUACUAGCCGGUGCUCAGAUUCCUCGUUGGUUGGCCUUGGUUGUGACCAACAACGACUAGUAGUAUGACGAUGUUGAAUAGUUCGUUAAAUAGGAAUCACGAUGUAGAGAGAUUUAACCAUAGAGAGGAACCAUUGUGUUUUUCGUACCUCUUGUUCAGUCCUUUUUAAUUUCAUUUAGGUAUUGCCCAUUUGUAAAUGCUAAUAAUUCAGUUUUUCUUUCUUU